GUCACACUUCGCGUCACACAUUUUUUGAUCGAAUCGAGUUAUUUCGCCUUCUAUUACUUCUACUUCCUAAACUUUUACCGAACAAAACGAAAUGCCAGCGGUUGUGCGUAUUAAACGUCGCAUCGAUGAGGAGCCGCACACCGCAUUUGUCCUAAAUGGCAAACGUCGGCGCCUCCAAAACGAUGAAAACUCUCUGGAGGAUUCGGGCGCGGUGGCGGGAGCAACGGCAUCAGACAAAGACGAGCUGACCACCGUCUUGAAAUUCGCCGGCACGCUGGAAAAGCAGGACGACUGUGCAACUCGUCAGUUUGCAGCUGCCAGAUUGAACAAAGCCACCGCCCGUGAGUUGGUGCAACAGCAGCGGUCCAAUGAUGCAGCCAUUGCCAGUGCCCUGCGGCGCGAUCGACAGCGGCAGGAGGCUCAGCAAAAUGCGCGUGAGCAACGUUUCCGGGUGGUAAAUUGCCUACGCAGUACUCUCGAGGAUAAUGAAACAGAAUCAGAAUCAAAUAACCAAAAUCAGGAGUCCACAAGUCAGAUAACCAUUGUAGACAUUGAAUCGCAACAGCAGCAGCAACAGCAAUCGGGAACUGAAACUCCAGCAGUACACGAUCAGGAUAUAGAAGCCAUUCAUGAUCAGCAACAGCCCGCCGAUUCCGAUGUGGGUUACGUUUACGAUCUAUAUGUUCCCGAGAAUGAGAUGCAGGCGGCCUACGUCGAUUUGAUGGACGACAACUAUCUAAGGUUGUAUUAUCCGUUUAAUUACUACAACAACUGCUACUGGUAGACAAUUCAUUAACAAAAAGAUGAGAGAGAGCGAGAGACAAAGCCCAGGCAAUUAAGAAGAGUGAUGACACCCAACACCCCACCCACGACAAUAAAAAAAAGGGACUGCAACUGGCAACUAACAUCACUAUAUACAAGUUCAUUAAUAAUCAGCAUCUGAUAAAUGCCUCCAAAACUACCGAUCGAAUGAGAUUAAAAUCGCAUGAUUGAAAAAAAAACAUUUUCUGUUAGAAAUUACAAAGAAAUAUUUCAAUCUUUUACCAAAACUGUGUUUGUGAGAUUCCGUAAAUCUUUUAUAAGAAUAUGUUUUUCGCAUAUUUAAAUGUAAAAAUAAGUUAAAAAUGAAAAUAAUCUUAACGUUUUAUUGUAACAUAAUUAUGUCACGUUUUUAUAAUUCCCUCUUGCCAAAGUAUUUUAAUAAACAAAACUAUUUCUAAGUUUUCUACUUCUAUUGUUAUCACGCACAAGAGGUGUAUUCUUUUGAUAGAACUUUAUGCAUAUGUCUCAUUACCUUACGUUUCUAGUUUUAAUUAACUAUUAAAUUAGUAUAAAUCACACGCACACACACACCGCAUAUUCUAAAACUCUUCACCGAGUACUUUUCAUUUAUUUAUCGCCAGUUGUCAGUUGCCUUUUUGUGUUAUUUUUCCAUUCCGAAAACAGACGGAAAACAAUAGAGCUGAAAGUCUAAUUAAGUGAAUAGUUUUAGUUUAAUUUGAUUGGGGUCUAAACGUUGCCUGAUAUCAAAAAUAAACUGAAUAAAUAAAUCGACUAAACUACAUGACAAA